UGAAAAGAGUUCAACCAAUUAAACACAAACUAAGAUGGCGUUUUUUGUGUUGUAGUUUUAAAAACAAUUUACAAUAUUGUGCAUUUAUUAUUCGAGAACGCUUCACAUUCUUUCGUACGUAAUUAAUUAAUGUUCGACAUUCUUUUCGUGUAGUUUUUCAUUCCCUUCGAUCGUAGAUUUCAUAGCAUAUGCAUACAUGCGGCGUAAUUAGAAGUAUAUAAAUGCGUUUAUGUUGCACAUCGGUGAUCUUAUUAGAGGAGCGGAUUUUAUUAUAACGUAUACUGUGACAGCAUCAAACUGUGGGGUACAGGAGCUUUCUUCCUCCCGUCUCAGGGAGUUUAUUAUCCUCAAGUCGUUCAAACUGGUGUUUUGAAUUCUCCGUAUGGAGGAGCGACAGCAACAGCUGCUAUGUCACCGACUGUACCCGCUUGCGCUUUCGCAUCGUUGUCGAACGGUAUUAAUAAUUCGGCAGCGGCUCAAAUGCUGAUGACAUCAAAUGGACAAGUAUUCCCAUCGCUGGCGAGCGGAUUCGCCGCUGCCGAUAACGUAUCUAAUUUCAAAGCUGCUAUUACCAACGAACAAAAUUGCGCGAAUAACCUGAUGAUCAACACGAGUCCGACGUUGAUGAAAGACGAAUUACAAGCUUUUCAAAUGACACCUCUAGUAUCCUUAGCUCCUACGCAAACUUCUUCCGUUCUGGUCAACGGUACUGCUAAAAUCACAUCCAACGACGAUAGUACUAAUCUUGUAUUGAAAAGUGAUCAAAAUAACGAUACCACGACUACCGAAAAUACGACUGUAUCGUCUCCUGAGACGAAGAAAGACGAAGAUAGUCCAUCGCCGGACUUACAAAAGACAAACGAAUCCGAUAAACAGGCUAGCUCGAGUAACAAUAGCGUUAAUGGAAUCUCAUCACCUUCUCCUUCACUACCUCCGUGGUCAUCUACCACUCAAACUAAAUCCGAAGACAGUGAUAGUUCCAGCAACGAUAACAGUAGACCUAAAAGACUGUACAUAUCGAAUAUACCAUUUCGUUAUAGAGAUCCUGAUCUCAGGAAUAUGUGUAGCUCUUUUGGACCUAUUCUAGAUGUGGAAAUCAUAUUCAACAUGAGAGGGUCGAAGGGAUUUGGUUUUGUAACAUUUGCAAAUAGCGCAGACGCUGAUGCCGCACGCGAAAAACUACACGGAUCAAUGGUUGAGGGAAGAAAAAUAGAGGUUAAUAAUGCCACCGCUCGUAUACAAAGUAAGAAAUUCAACCAACAAAAUCAAAAUGGUCAAGUGAGCACGUCUCCGUCGAUUAUUACACCUCAGAUAGUCACUUCUGUACCUACCUCGUCAGUUUCACCGAAUGUGUGUAUCCAAUGGCCAGAUGCGGCUACUGCUCUGCGUGGGGUUGCGAUUCAACGUGCCGCGGUGGCGGCGAGCCGUGCCAAGAUGAUAGCUGCGGCGGCAGUAGCGGCGGCCGGUCAAGCUGGACCGAAUCAUCAUCUGAGUGCCGCGGCGGCAGCCUCUCCGGCGGCGGUCGCAGCGUCCGCUACAUCACCACCUGGUGCGGCGGCUGUCGCGAUGGCCGCCAAUAACGCGGCGGCGGCGGCAUCCGCCUCGGCUGCGGCCGCAUACGCUCGACAGUCUGCGGCGGCAGCGGUAUUCGUGUCAUCGCCUCAGUCAUCCUUUACAACGGCGCCGGCGUCAUAUUCGACUACUGGAAUGUAUUACGAUCCGUUCUUAGCGGCUGCGGACAAUUCGUACAAGUUACAGAUGGCAGCAGCUACGAAUCCUUUAUUGAAAAUGACUCAGGCGAACGGAGCGAUAAACGCGGUUGCGAAUAACCCUCAACAGGUAUCGUUUGCGGCGGCGGCAGCGGCGGCUGCGGCUAGAGCGUACAAUAUGGCGGCGGUUACCGGGCAAAAUGUUCUACCUUCACCGGCUGCGUCUUAUGGACUUCCUGCAGGUUACACGGCGGCGACUUCGGCAGAUCCUUAUCUUGCCGCUGCUGCGGCGGCUGCGGUGGGACCCAUUACGUACGGGGGAGCUAUAUACAGAGGAGGAUAUAACAGAUUUAGCCCAUACUGAGAAGUUCUCAUCGUUUCGUGUUUGAUGGUUUGGCAUGAUACACAAAAUACAAAUAUAAUAUAUAGGAGAAGAGCAUUUUCAACGGGUGCAUCGACAAUGAAAAUACCCGGAGAUGACUGAAGAUUAUUUUUUAGUUUUUAAUUUACCUGCGGCAGCUGCUACAUAAGAGUAGUACUUGAUAAUAUGGUUUCACCUUUUCCCUGCCUAUGUGUUUUUCGUACAAUUUUUCUCUCUCUAUUACGUUUAGAAUUUACUUGAAGUUUUUUUUUUUUUAAUUUUAACGUGUAUUAUUUUUAGGCAUUCUGCAGUGUUUUCUUUUUCCUUCUCAUGUUCUGUUCUCAUCUUUCCUUUUGUGGGUUUUUUCAUGAUGGAUGUUGUAUUAUGAUUGUGUGAUGAUGAUUAUGGAGUAUGUGCUGCGUGUGCCUGGAUAUGUGAGCCCAGUUCCCCUUAUACGAGUUGUCAUUUUUUUCUUUUAGUCUACGCUAUGUUACCGUGUGUUUUUAAUUAAUAUGUUUUAUUCUUCCAUAGAGAGUCUAUCGUGUCUCUCGUCCUAUCGUCAUUCAAUUGGUAUGUGUGUUCUUUUGAUUUUUAUUACGUGCUCACUAGAUUUUUUUUAAAAUUUUGGUUCCCUUGUUUUCCUAUCCGAGUUUGUCAAAUUGUCGAGUAUUUUUUUUUUUUUUCGAAAUGAACCAUUUUCGCUUUUUUUCUACAUUUUUUCUUUUUUUUAUAAGUUUUAAUUUAUUUUAACUUAUUCAGUCGAUUCGAAAUCUGUGUACAUAUCAGAUCGCAAUAUCAACCUUUUUUUUUACUUUCACCUGAAAGUACAGAUCUACCCACCACUAAAUCGUUGAAUUUUACCGAAAAUAACGAUAUAUAUUUUUUUUUUUGAAUGACGAUGAAGUGUUCUGCUUGAAAGUUAUCAUCGGAGUGAGCUGAUUUUGGGAAAAACUUUCGAUUUAUUUUGUAGCGUUUUAUUUUUUUUUAUAUCUUAAUAUUCUCUUCUUUUAUAUUUAGAAUCUCGAUAUCAUAUUUAGCUUAUUUUUUUUUUACAUUACUUCUACUUAGUUCCUGACUUGAAAAAGAAAGCAAUUAUGCCUGUUUCUUUUCUUUUAGACGAAGCUUUAUAUGGUGGGUUUUUCGAAAGUGUCGUAAUUACGUAUCCAUGACCUUGUUUUUCGUCUGGCUGCCUUUUUCACUUUUUUUUCACGUAGUAUCGAUUUCCAGUCAUAUUUUUUUUCCUCAUUCCAAUUUAGUAGCAUUCCGCAGUCAGUGACCCCCUCACACUCUCUAAAAAAAGCUAUUGCUUUGUUUUCUUCUUCAUCUGUCAACCUAUUAUUUCUUUGUGUGUAUGUCUCCGAGUAAUAUACAGAGCACCUUUGCAUUCCAUUUUUAUGUGGUUUCCCAUUUUCAGUCUUGACCCUUUGCACGUGAUGUUUUACCCGAUCAAGGUAUACACGUUUUUUUUUUACGUCAUACCUAUUUGAAUCGAAAAUCUGUCAUAGCCACUGAUGAAUUUGGUCAGUUACGUCAAUAUCUGUAGAUGAAAGUGGUGAGCUUUGGUUUAGAUGGAUGAAAUAUGUGUUUUGGUAUUGACAGAUACGUUGCCUAGUCAUCAACUAAUUUUUAUCAUUGUCUGUGGCAAAUUUACCUUAUUUAUUUUUGGGAACAAGUUUUUUUUCUUUUUUUUUUCAAGUGCGCAGUUUUUAGAAGUUAAUGAUAUGGUUUUAUUGGAUUUUUAUCAAGCCCUCAUAUAUUCUCCCCUCCUCCUCAUUUUAUUGUAUCUUGAUAUUGUUUAUUACGGAGUCAUAUCGAAUGUGUUAUCAUGGCAUAUAUAUUAUUUAACUACAUAUAAUGUUAUUAUUAUAUGUAUUCGACGAAUUGACAUUUUUAAAUUUUUUAUAUACUCCUGAGAUAUUAGGCUGUGCAGUGUUUUACUUUUUUUUUCUUUUUUCCCAUUUUAUUACGUAUUUAAAUGUAUAAUGUAUGUUUAAAUGAUUUUUUUUUCUCUCUAAUUUUUAAUCGAUGCUUCAAUACUUACGUAUGCGUGUGUGUUGUCUGCUGAAGGUGUUGAAAAAGAUUCGAGGGCUUUUGGUUCUUUUUUUUAAACUCUAUUUCGCUCCUUUGAUAGGAGAUCUGUAUCGUACAAAUUUUACUCUAUCGAUAAGGUGUAUUAAGCUUUUUAUUCCUCGUUUGAACGCAGAUCUGAGCUUUGUGAUUGGUGUGUUUUGUUUUCGGUUCGAAAAUAUCUUCCCCCUUUUGCCCCCCCCCAUUUUUUCCCCGUUUAUGUGUAUUUUACGAAUACUUUAUUAUUAUUAUUUUUUUCUUUCGAAAACGUAAGCUGUGAAUGACAUAAUAUUGUAUAGGUAACUAACGAGUUAAAUUUUGGCUCUCUGUUCGAAUCUCUGUUUUUAUUUUUUAUUAUUUCGAAGAAAUCUAAAAAGACGUUUAUUUUUUCGUUGGAAUUUUAAUACUUACGCACAAAUUGAUCUGCGAUCGUAUAAUCUGAAGCUCAAAAAGUAUACAAUGUAUGCGGCCUUUAAAAGACAUAAUUAUUGUUAAGAGAUUUUAUCAUUAUUUUAAUAGUAUUUUUUUCUACGUGGUUGGAAAAGAUGGAAUGUGUUGUGUUUGAUGAUGGGCAUAGUGAUGUAUUUUGUCUAUAUACAGAGAAACGUAGGGGUUAUUUUGAGUGAUACGUGCAGGUUGAAUAGUCUAUAUUAUUAUGUAUUAGCUAGAGUGGAAAAAAUACCGCAAUAUAGUCAUUGUAAAUGUUGAAACAUAGGUCGAUUAGAUCUUUCGUCUGAUUACCCGUGUCUCGUACAACUGUAUACAUUACAUACCAUACCAACUAUGAUAACUGCAUUCAUAUCAAGUAUGUGGUUUUAUAUUUAUAAUAAAUUAGUUAUUAUCGUUACUAUUUUAUGUAUUUGUUUUUAUCUUUCCCUUUUACAUAUAUUUUUCCCCCUUUUUUUUUUCGUUCUGUCAACAAAUUUUAACCGCGAGGGUUUUCCUUUGUAAUUUUUUUUUAUUUUUUGAAUUUUAAACCUCCGUUGGAGAUGUUGUGGUAGAGCACACUCUUAUGUAUACACAAUUUAUCUGGUAUGACGAAUUGAGGUUCGUCAUCGUUACAAGAACAAUCUGUUUUAUUUUUUUACAUAUCUUUUAUUAUAUAAUGAUUAUAUCGUACGUAUUGUAUUUGAAUGGUUAUUUAUUUUAGUGGAUUUUUGAUUAUUAUACUAUUACGAUUAAAGUUUAUUAUGUAUUAGGUUUUAAUAGAAAUGACAUUUUAUUUACUUUUAUUAAACGAGUAAAAGUCGAAUGCUCUCUUCCGUAAUUUCUAAGUUUUUCCAAUGAAAAUUUUUUAAUGUGUUUUUUUGUUUUUCUUUAUUUUUUUUCUCUCUCUAUAUUAUUUUGUCUUAUAUCCUGUAUUUUUAUUUUAUUCUUUUUUUUUUCUUUUGUUUUUUAUCUUCUCCUUUUACUGUUUACUUUCCCUUAUUAUAUCUAUCUGUCUGUUUCGAUGUAUCUCUUCUCCUUCUUUAUCUCACUGUCUCAUUUUAAAGUUAUUAUAAAUUACGUUUCGAAUAUUUCGUCAAUUUUCUUUUAUUUAUUAUUAUCAUUUUUUUUUAAUUUUUAUUUUCAUACCGCAUUUUGUGUUGUUCUAUUUUAAAAUAUAUACCUUUUUAUGGUG